AAACCCCUAUUAGAAACUCGGCGCGUGGAAAAUGUUCUUCGUUAUCUUGCGCGAGUGGAAAACGUUGCGUAUAAAAUGACGUCAUACUUCUUCUUCUCUAUAUAUAUUAAAAAAAUACAACCGUGUCAGUAGAAAAGUCUGUGCAGAUCCAAAUUACUUCGACUUCCUUUUACCUUUUCUCACUUCAUCUGCUGCUGCUCCUUCGUCUUCUCUCUCCCAAGAGAUUCACGUAAGACAUAAGAGAAAGACCUCUUUUUACAAAAUAAUGGCUGGAGUUAUUCCGACGAUUGACUUGGGGGAGGUUUCAGACAAGAACCUGAAUCAGCAAAUCCGUGAAGCCAGCGAGAGGUACGGAUGCUUCAGGGUGAUUAACCAUGGAGUUCCAUUGUCUUUGAUGUCUGAAAUGAAGAAAACCGUUAUGAAUCUAUUCGAACGUCCUUACGAGGUGAAAGUUCGUAACACCGAUGUGUUACUAGGGAGUGGUUACAGAGCUCCUAAUGAGAUCAAUCCUUAUUAUGAAGCGUUGGGUCUCUACGACAUGGCUUCUCCUCAAGCUGUUAACACCUUUUGUGACCAGCUUGAAGCUUCUACAGAUCAAAGGGAGAUUAUGGUGAAGUAUGCGAAAGCUAUUGAUGAACUUGCAAAAGAUUUAGCAAGGAGGUUAGCAGAGAGUUACGGCUUAGCGGAGAGCAACUUCUUCAAAGGAUGGCCGAGCCAGUUUAGGAUUAAUAAAUAUCAUUUCCAACCCGAAACGGUCGGGAAACUCGGUGUCCAGCUACACACUGAUUCAGGCUUCUUGACGAUUCUUCAAGACGAUGAAAACGUUGGUGGGCUUGAAGCAAUGGACCAUUCUACGGGGAAGUUCUUUCCCAUAAGCCCGUUGCCAAACACUCUUGCUAUCAACCUCGGGGACAUGGCUGCAAUAUGGAGCAAUGGGAGAUUGUGCAAUGUGAAGCAUAGAGUGCAAUGCAAUGAAGCGACAAAGAGGUUUUCUAUCGCUUCUUUUUUGUUGGGACCGAUGGAUAAAGAUUUGGAGCCGCCAAGUGAGUUUGUGGAUGCUGAACAUCCUCGAUUAUACAAGGCUAUUAGUCACGACGGGGUAAGGAAUAUUAGAAUGACUACAAAAUUGCAUGACGGAGAGGCUCUCAAGCUUAUAGCCUAUGAUGAAUGAUGAUAGACUUAAAUUACCUUGAAGAGCUGGUUAAGGUGGUUGAUUUAUAUUAAACCGAAAAACUUUAGUAUUCUUGUUUAAGUUUUCCUAAGAUUGAUUAAUAGAGAUGCAUCCUCUGUAUUAAUAUCUAUGGAUUUUCGUUUUUUUUACAUUUGAUAUCUUUGUGGAUGCAUGUAUAAUGUAAUCCGUGAAGCAAAUUAUGAAAAAUAUUUCAAAGCAAGUUAAAUAUAACAGUUUGGCCUGUCAUGUCUUUGUCAUAUAAGAAAAAACAUUAGAAAGUGUGACGUCCAUACAUAAACAAAGAAAGCUGAUACAUAGAGAAUAAUUCUACUGGCAGCGUAGAAGAAAAUAAAAAAGGGUAUUUUUCAAAAAAAAAUAAAAUAAAAAGAAUAUGAAAAGCGUUACCACCACCAAAAUCUAUCUGGGGCAUCAACUAGCUUAAUCCCCAGGUUCCAAUUCUCACAACGCCUUAUAAAAGGUGUUGUUUUGAUUGCCUUGGCUUGACAACCAUGGAGAGGAGCUCUAAUUAAACAAGGCUCCAUCGACAAGGCCCUAACACACGGCGGAUCAGGAGCUGCACCGUUCUUUGGAGCGUAGAGUAUCCAUGGCUUUAAUCCUCCAAGACCAUGAGCUACGAAUCCAAACGUAGAUCUCUCGGUUGUGACAAUAUUAUCAGUUAAACUCAAUAAAUAGAUCUCAGCCAAUGCCUUUUGGUCGUGAAGCUUCUCGUCUGUUUGCUGAACCUUUUCUCCACUUGGCUGAUACACUUCAAUGACCUCUCCUGUUAAACUAGGUCGUUCUAAAUACAUUUUCCUUAGCUCAUCAGAGUACUCUGCAUGCAGAGAUGCAACAAGAACAGCUUUAUGUUUCUUGCUUCUUGUUGUUGUAUUCAUGACUUGUGAUUCUGUUGUAGCUAACUCAGGCAACAGUUUCUCUCUUUGUGUACAUGAUACUAUCUGGUCCAUGACAUGCUG